UUACAGCAGUGUCAUCUCUGACGGCAGCCGUUCCGUUUGAAGCCUUUACGUAAUGACGUGAGUAGAAGUAGCAGCGGUGAAGUCACUUUGACUAGUUUGUGAUAACGGUAAACGUCUGUUUGCUCUUCAGGAGAAGUUAUGGCUGUUCUGCUGGGGAAAGUGAGGCGCACCAACGCAGCAGCUGCCUCUGUACUGGAACAAGCAGAUUUCUGCACAGAUUCAGAGAUCCGGUCUCUGACUCGAGGAGACCUACAUGAGCUGUUUCCCGGACCGGAGAAGCUGAAGCUAAGACGGAUCAUCUUCAGAAUUAUAAAGAAGCAUAAACCAAUAAAUGUACUCCUGAAAGAACUCGAAGGUUUCAUCCUACCGUAUUCCCUCAGGGAUUCUCUGUCUUGCAGUGGGGUCUUGGUUGACUACCUUCAUACCCUGAAGGACAUGAAAGAUCAGCUGAAUAAUGUGCAGAGUGUCAUUGAAGCGCACAUUAAUUUACUGGAGGACAUCAGUAAAGCUCAGCCAUGCCAGGAACAAGACUCAGAUGUUUUAUCCAGUACUGGCACAAAGGCUCCCAGUCUUUCACCAGAGCCUUACGUCACACCAGAGAACGGACAUUCAUAUGCAGCUCAAGUGAUGUACCAGAUGGUUGUCGGUGGUAAAACCUUUGAUGCCCAUCUUCAGCUGAUGGCCGAGGUCCAAGCCCAAAUGCAGUGCCAGGUUCAGCUCAUUUCAUGCAGUCAGGACGGCCAAGUCCUCAUAGUCUUCUGCCCAAUCACUUCCCGGACCGGGGCAGAUGUUGAUGGAGCCAUGCGUAAUGUAACAGGAAGGGGACCUGUUAUCCUGGUGUUGAUGCACCACACACUUAACAUCAGGCAUACAGCAACAAGGAGGAUGUGGUCGGAUUACUCAAAUAUUGUGCUGCAUGUCAAUAUUUUCUACCACAAGAAAGUGCAUGGAUUGCUGAAGUGUCAAGAAAAUAAUGCUGCUGUGAUCCAGAUCCAGAACAAAUUACUUGAAUACUGUACUCCAACAAGUAAAUGGGCUGUGACUGGUGGAUAUAAUAGCCCUGACAUUGACAGCUGCUCCCAUUUGGAUGGUGAGGGCAGUGAGUUUGGCUUUAGGUUGUUCAACAGUGACAGUAGCAGCAGCAGCAGCAACAGUGACACUAAAAGUAUUUGGGGGCGUGUAGAAUAGAGGUUUAUUUAGUUUUCUCUUUUUUCAGUUUACAGCGAUGUGAAGUUAUAAACGUAUUCAUUGUAAUUGUCUUGGGAUAUUGUGCUGUAGUAUAUGAUGACUUUUGCAUCUGUCCUUUUAUAGGUUUCCUGGAAGCAAUAGUGAUGUUGAUCAAAUAAGUAAUACAAUUCCGUUUUACCUCUUGCAAAUGUAAUCUACAUAUUAAACAAAUGAAACUAUUCUGUCUCUUUUUUAUAAUUAAUUUCAUGCACAUGUUUAUUUAAAAAAUAGACAUGAGAACAAAUGUAAAGGGGUUUUAAUACAGAUGUGUUAUGGCCUACCCAAUUAUAGGAACAAUUUUUGACUUGAUAGUUGCCCAGUAGUCAUCAACACCCUUCACAAGUGGAGGAAACCACAAACAGUCAUUGGUAAAAAAUAAAAAAUAGAAUGUCUAUGAAAUUUUUAUUUAUUCUUUUUCCAAGCACAUUUAUGUGGUGAAAUAAGUGCGGAAACACUUCAUGCUUCUCUCUGUUGAAAAUCUUUAUGGAGAUGCUGAGGUAAUUAGUGGGCUAUUGUGGCGCAAACAGGCUGGUGUACUUGCCUGCAUAGGGAAAGACAAGUACUUACUUGAAAGAGGCUCCAGGGAGUUUAGAGCGCCCUCUAUGCUUCGACGUGAGAAAAACAGCUCUGGUCCACUUCAGUUUCGCUUUCUCUUAACUGGAAAAGGGCUUACAUUAUCGUGCUAAAGGGUAACCGAGAAAACACACGGAACAAAAAUUAAAUUACUAAGCUGUCCUCUGUUUUUAUUCACUUCCGAAAAAAAAAAAUGAACGGUUUGCUAAAGGAAAUACAAAUCUACAAUCCAACCGCAGCGAGGACACUUGAAAGAGCAGAUUUCUACACAGACUCAGAGAUCCAGUCUCUAACAAGAGAAGACCUGCAUGAGCUUUUUCCUGGAUCUGACAAGCUAAAGUUGAGGAGGAAGAUUUUUGAAAUAAUAAACAAACAGAAACCAAUUGAGAAGCUCCUGAAUGAUCUUAGAGGUUUCCUCCCAGAUGAUUCUAUAAAGGAUGCUCUAUCCAACAAUGGGGUGUUGGUUGAUUACCUCCAUCUCCUGAAGGACAUGAAAGCUCAACUGAACAAUGUGCAGAGUUUCCUUGAAGCGCACAUUAGUUUAUUGGAGGAUAUCAAAGCUCAGCCACAGCAGAAACAUGAUACAGGUUCUGCUGCUAAGGCGCUGGCUGGUUCAGCAAGUUCCUUUUUUGUAUCAAAUGACAUCAUUUCACAAAAGUCUCCUGGCAAGUUUCACUUUCUCUCUUGUUUUUGCAUUACUGACAUUUAGCCUCUUUUGUAAUAUAUUUGUUGUAUUAAUAAUUUUGAAAAGCUGAGCUCUUAAAAAUAAAUUAAGUAAUAUCUUUAGAACCCUUAAGUAACAAUUUUUUUCUAAUCCAUUCGAUACUUUCUUAGUGCAAAUAAACCAAAGUGUUGGGGCUUCCAGGUCAACAAGCUUUUACUCUGGUGGUCGUUCCCAGGUUGCCCAAGUGACUGUGAACUACAACAUAGUGGUCAGUGGUCAAACAUUUGAUGCCCAUUGUCAGAUUCUGAGCCAAGUCAAGAGCUCAGGACAGCAGCUGAACUUGGUGGAGAGCCAGAGCAUUGAGGAUUGCCACAUCGUGUUGGUCUUCUGUCCAAUUGUUUCACGUACAGGAACAGAUGUGGAAGCAGCCAUGAAAAAGGUUACAGGUACUAAACCUGCCAUUCUGGUCUUGAUGCAUCAUGCUUAUGAGCCAAAACAUGUUGCCACAAUGGGAACCUGGGACUACAACCCUAAGAUUGCGCAGCAUUUCAGUGUUUUCUAUCAUGAGAGAGCAAAUGGAUUAAUAAGCUGCAAAGAAAAUAAUGAUGCCAUCUCUGGAAUACAGCAGGAAUUAUUAAAACACGGAGUAGAUACAGAGAAAAGGGAAUAUCCAGCUAGUGAAAAAAAAAACUUUGGUUUUUUUAGCUCUUUGUAUCCAAGAUACAACUCAUAGCUUGCAGCGGCUGUGCUAAUUGUGACAAUUAUAACAACUAAUAGUGUAAAACAGUUGGCAAGAAAAAGUGAAAUGAUUCAGAUCUGCCUAUCCGUAUAUAUGCUAAUUGUGGAUGGUUAAUCAGUUUAAAGUCAAAUCAUUGUUAACAUUUAUAGUUAAUUCUUACAUACUUUUUGUCUAAAAUAAUAGAAUAAAUUCUUAAGACUCCAUUGGUGAGAAGUAAGAAAACAGCUUGUUUAUCUUUACUGAACAGUUUAUCUUUAAACAGUGACUGUAAUUCAAUAAAUAAACCAGAUGUUUCAAAA